GAGGGUAUGGAGUACGUGCGCAACGACGGCUACGCGCUUCUCAGCGAGCUCUUGGCGCGCCCAGAGGCGAGGGUGGCGCUCGAGGCGCUGGCGCCCGGCACCGUCGCGCUGCUGGAGCAAGGGGACGACACCCCAGCGCCCGCGCUGGCCGCCGUGCGGGAGGCGGUGGAGGCGUCAAGGAUGUGUGGCAGGCACGCUCUGGACCUCUGGGACGACUGGGUGCGCCUAUCGGAGGAAGCAGUGCCAGUCACAGGCGGUCGAGCCAGCGGCCCGGCCGCCACGCCGACCGGUGGCGGCCCGCGUGGCGACGGGGCCGGCGCAGUUCCGGGCAGGCCCGGAGGAGCGCUGGUUGUGGCAGGCUCGUCCGCGGUCGGCGAGGUUCGGCCACUGGCGGCCCCGCGGUCGGCCGCCCGCGAGCAGCUCGCGUGGUGGCAGGGCGAGGACGCCGAGGACGAGGAGGGGCCUGCUGCCAUUGGGCGCGUGGCCGAGGCGCCGGCGGCGCGGCCGCCCGCGCCGAGGGCGCCGUGCCGGGCGCAGCCGGGCCCAGACCCGUGGGCCGGCGCAGGCGACCCCUGGGCCUCGGCCCUCGCUGGCCCCGCCAGCGCUGCAGCCCAGGGUGCGCCGCCUGCAGGCGGAGUGGCGGCGGCGCAGUCUUCGGGAGCUGCGGAGGAGCCGUGGUCCUCUCCCGAGGCCUCCGCGGCGGAGAUCCGCGCCCUCGCCCAGAAGCUGCCGCGCGACGCCCCCCGGGGCGUGCGCGAGUUCCUGGCGGCCUGGGCGACGGAGCGGGAGCAGCAUGAGGGCGCCCUGACCGCGCCCUGA